AAAUCAUUAAGAGUCAAGAGAAGUGAAGCAUUGAGUUCCAUAGUUCUCUCCACUACUCUUCUUUCUGCUUAAGGCUUUUUUUUUAGUUGUACAAGGAAAAUGAUGGAUAAACCGAGUACCACAAGUUUACUUCGUACAAAGUCUGAUCAACUGGUAGAAGCAAUUUCGGCGGCAAUGGGUGCAACGAAGUCCCCGAUCAGUGAGGCGGUGGGAGGGCCGGAGACGCUGUCGAGGAAGUCAAGCAGGCGGCUAGCUGCGGCGUCACCGGGGCGGAGCAGCAGCAGCAUAGGGAAAAACACUCAUAUUAGAAAGUCAAGAAGUGCUCAAUUGAAGUUUGAUUUAGAUGAAGUUAGCAGUGGCGCCGCCUUAAGCCGCGCCUCUAGUGCCAGCUUGGGCUUAUCUUUCUCCUUCACAGGCUUCACCGUGCCACCGGAUGAGAUCGCCGAUUUGAAGCCCUUUAGUGAUGAUGAUAUUCCUGAAGAUAUUGAAGCUGGCACAAGAAAGAUGAAGAUUCAAGCAGAACCUACCUUACCGAUAUACCUCAAGUUUACUGAGGUAUGCUACAAGGUGGUUAUUAAAGGAGUAACAUCAACAAGAGAGAAGGAAAUUUUGACCGGAAUCAGUGGUUCUGUUGAUCCAGGAGAAGUUUUGGCCAUGAUGGGGCCGUCUGGAAGUGGAAAGACAACGCUCCUCAGCCUGCUUGGAGGAAGAAUAAAAGAGCCAACAGGAAGAGGCUCAAUCACCUACAAUGAACAACCAUACUCAAAGCUUCUAAAGAGCAGGAUAGGAUUUGUGACUCAAGAUGACAUACUAUUUCCUCACUUGACAGUGAGAGAAACACUAACAUAUGCAGCUCGCCUACGACUGCCAAAGACAUUGACAAAGGAGGAGAAAGAAAAAAGAGCCAUAGAUGUGAUAUACGAGUUGGGACUAGAGAGAUGCCAAGAUACCAUGAUUGGUGGUUCCUUUGUUCGUGGAGUUUCAGGGGGAGAAAGAAAGCGUGUUUGUAUCGGAAAUGAGAUCAUAAUUAAUCCAUCCCUACUGUUCCUUGAUGAACCCACAUCGGGGUUGGACUCUACAACAGCUUUAAGGAUGGUUGAGAUAUUACACGAUAUAGCUGAGGCUGGAAAGACAGUGAUCACAACAAUCCAUCAACCAUCCAGCAGACUUUUCCACAAGUUUGAUAAGUUGAUUCUUCUUGGCAAAGGGAGCUUACUUUAUUUUGGGAAGGCAUCUGAAGCAAUGGUCUAUUUUUCAGCUAUAGGAUGCUCACCUCUGAUUUCAAUGAAUCCAGCAGAGUUCCUGCUAGACCUUGCAAAUGGAAACCUUAAUGAUGUCUCUGUUCCAUCGGAGUUGGAGGACAAAGUGCAGAUCGGGAACUCAGAUAGAGAGACAGGGAACGGAAAGCCAACACCAAUAGUUGUGCAUGAGUAUCUAGUGGAAGCCUACGAGACACAAGUGGCUGAGAGUGAAAAAAAGAAACUUAUGGCCCCCAUGAUGAUUGAUGAAGAGUUGAAGUCUAAAGUCUUUUCUAUAAAGAGAGAGUGGGGAGCAAGCUGGUGUGAACAAUACUCCAUAUUAUUUUGGAGAGGACUUAAAGAACGGCGGUAUGAUUAUUUUAGCUGGUUGAGAAUCACUCAAGUAAUUGCAACUGCACUUAUCUUGGGUAUGCUCUGGUGGCAGUCUGGUGGUGAUAGUCCUAAACAAAUGCGAGAACAGUCGGGAUUGCUGUUCUUCAUUGCUGUGUUCUGGGGGUUUUUUCCAGUUUUCACAGCAAUCUUCACAUUUCCGCAAGAAAGGGCAAUGCUGAACAAGGAACGAUCUGCUGACAUGUACAGAUUAAGCGCAUAUUUUUUGGCUAGAACCACCAGUGAUAUUCCACUUGAUCUUAUACUGCCAGUGCUCUUCCUUUUAGUGGUAUAUUUCAUGGCAGGAUUGAAACAUGACGCUGAUGCCUUCUUCCUAACUGUGCUUACAACUUUCCUCUGCAUUGUAGCAGCUCAGGGAUUAGGACUAGCAAUAGGGGCUACACUAAUGGAUUUAAAGAAGGCAACCACUUUGGCCUCUGUUACUGUAAUGACCUUUAUGUUAGCUGGUGGAUAUUUCGUAAAGAAAGUACCAGUAUUUAUAUCAUGGUUGCGGUACCUAUCCUAUAACUAUCAAACGUACAAACUCCUUCUAAAGGUUCAAUAUAAGGAGAAAAAUGACUGGGUGGACGGGAUUAAAGUAGGCAGCGGUGUAAAGGAAGUAUGUAUACUACUAGCUAUGGUUUUUGGCUACCGGCUCCUGGCAUACAUAUCUUUGCGAAGAAUGAAGCUUCACUCAGGUGCUUAGAUGAUGCAAAUGAUGGUUCAUUUCAAACUAAACAACUAGUCUAUGCAGCUUCCACUGAUCAUAAAAGGUACCUGAUUCUGAUAUAAGUUGCAGCACAAGGAAAGAAGAUUUGGCUGCAGUGCCUGAUGAAGUUUUAGUUUUUCGUUUUUCUGUUUACCUCUACGCAUAGUUGUAAAUUUUUAAAUCUAUUAGAAACUAGAAACAGAAAUGAACUGUAUGUAGAAUGUUCCCAUAGAUGCUGAGAUGGAGAUCAUAUUCAUGAUUACUCCUUUAAAAAUUU